AUGUUGAAGUCUGGAGUGCAUAAAGUGAUAAAUAAUGUCAGGGCCAUGGUAGCACCAAACAGUCAAAAGACACUCAACCAACGUUUCGUCUCUUAUGGUCUCGACAAGAUAAACAUUGACAAAGACCCAGCACUUUUUCUCAAGAGCGAAGGAUAUCAACAGUGGGCCAUGGCGGUACCGGGUGGCGAAAAUGAUGGUGGCUGGAACGAAAGGUGCAGCUAUGAACACCGAGGUCAGAAACUUGAAAGACGCGUUGCUCGUAAAGUGGACGAUGGAUGGCAAACAGAAGACGAAAUUUUUAAUGUGCUCAAGUUUGGCACGGAUGGAGAAGCGAUCUUGAAGAAUCCGCUUCUGAGUAUUUGGAUCUCGUGUGCGAGAGACGUGGGAUACAAAUUGCUUCUUGAGAAACUAGCAACGCGCUGCAAGUACGACGGUGAAACUUUGGCAAAAGGACUUGUUGUGCUGAAAAAAGACGCUGCUACGAAAGACCUUGCAAUGGAAUUGGAGAAGCAUCAGAUCAAAGUGUGGGAGUCAGAAAAAAAAAGUCUCGUUGACAUUUUUGUGCUUCUAAAACUUAACAAACAAGAACCAGUUCAACUGCUAACUAGUCCGCUGCUCAGUAUGUGGAUAGCUUACGUGAGUAAGCUGAAUAAAGGUCCAUAUGACUUGCUGUUGUUGGCAGUGGAGAAACGUGUGGGUAAAAUUGGUGUUGAGAGGAUACUGGCUGCUGCAAAGGGUGAUGGCGCUAACAUCAAUACUAUGCUGCAAAAAGACGUCGCUACGAGCGAAGUUGUCAAGAAAUUGGAGAAGUUUCAGUAUAAGAAUUGGCAGGAGGAGAAUAAAAGUCUCAGUGACAUUUUUGCGCUUCUAAAACUCAAUGAGGAAGACCUAAAUCGACUCCUAAAGAAUCCGCUCAUGAGAACGUGGAUGUCUUACGCGAGAAAGGUGAAGGAGGAUCCAUAUGCGUCGUUGUUGUUGGAAAUGAAAAAGAAAGGCGUAAAUGGGAUCGAUCUAGCGAGGAUUCUGGCUGUUGCAAACCGUAAUGGCGCUACCACGAAUACCAUGCAGCAAAACGACGUUGCUUUGCAGAUAGUUGUAACGGGAUUGGAGUCGUACCAGCUUCAAAAGUGGCAGAAGGAUAAGAAAAGCAUCGCUGGAAAUGCGGAUCCAAAUAAAGUGCUGUUUACGGCGUUGGUGGACCGCGUUGGUGACAUUGAAGAAGGCGUGCAGAUGUUUGGAAGCCCCGAGUGGAACAGGUGGAUAUUGUAUAUGACCAAGCGGCAAGAAGCACUGCCUUACGAACAACAAACGGACAUUGUCACGCUAAUAUCCUCAGUACUAAGAACACAGUACAAGAAAGACACAGACUUGUCCGAGUUGAUCGCAAAAGCACAAUCUAUCGAGAGUGCCAAGCCACUUGGCGCUGAGCUACAGUAUCAGUUUUGGUGGUACACUGGUAUAAAAGAGAAGCAUGUUUUCAGUUCUUUGAAGCUGAAGGAGAAGGGAGACAGGGUAUUUGAAAGUCCCGAAUAUUUGACAUGGGCCUCAUUCGUGCUACAAACGAAUCGUCGUAGCAAGACCCCAGACAAGUUCCAGCUUAUUGUGGAUCUGCAAAAACAUUACAAGCCGAAUUUGAAAACAAUGCUCAAUAACGCCAAAAGUAGAACUGCUGCCAAUGGUGACCAAGUUGUGGAAGCGAUGGUUGACAAGAUACUGAUGCUGUUGAGGCAGAAAGAGCAAAUAACGUGA